GAAUAUGUGAUUAUAUAAUACAAAUUAUAUUUGAUUAUUGUAAUUAACAUCCAUUAUCAAGAUGGACAUCAUUUACAGUUGGUGUAUUAUCUGGUGUUUAUUAAAUCUCAAUUUAAAUGGGAAAAGUUCCACAGAAGAUCCUAUUACUGAUAAUACAACAAUGACCAGUACAACAAGUGAUUUCACCAAUAAACCAGAAGAGGAAAACUCUACCACAGAUGACACUAAUUAUACUACAAUCCCCAGUUAUUCUAGUACUGACAUAAUCACAAACGAUGCUACAAAUUUAAAAUGUCAACGAAUAUUCUACAUGAUAGUUGGAUUGAUCAGUCUAAUGGCAAUCAAUUAACGAAAAAAAGCACUUACUCUCUGUAAUCAAUGUAUAACUAGUUUCAUGUAUUUCAUAAAACAAUUCAUUAAACUAUUAACCGUGAACUGUUAGUAACAGUAAUUGAAUAGUUACCUUUCUUCCCUUUUCUUGUAAUAUGAACAUUUUAUUGAUUUAAAUCAGAGUAAUUAGUUACCAAAUUUGAAUGAUAUAUAUUUUUAAAAAAAAACUUUUUUCAAAAUUAUAAUAG